AAUAGAGUAACAGGCAAUAAAUUAAAAACAUAGUUUUCACUAAAAACAUACAUACUACGUUAUAUUAUUGACUUUUUCAUUUCAUCAAAUUACAUAAACAUUUUGUGUGUACUAUUGAUAAAUAGUGUAAGAAAGUACAGUGAGUAUAAUAGUACUCUAACCAAAUGGUCACAAGAGGAUAAAGGGAGAACUCCUAUAUAGGUUACAUGGCUGUUGUAGUUCGUUUUACCCGUGUAUAAAGACCAUUGCAAUUGAUAUAAUGGCAAAUAGAGCAAUUCUUAGUGGCAUCAUAACAGGAUGUCUCCUAACGGCACUGACUGUACUUUCCCAAUUGUCCAUUAAGUUUGAAACUCGGUACCAUAGAGGAUCUUUGACAAUGCUGAUGAUAAGUUGGUUGUACGUAACAUUAGGAAUUGGAAAGAUUUUAGGAUCAGUAAUUUUUUCCUUGUUGGCAGAAAUAGUAGGAAGAAAACAUACUCUGACUGCAUUGUGUAUACCAUUUUUGUUGUCAUUUUUUAUGUGUGAGUUACGGAUCCACUCUGCAGUCUUAUUUAUUUCUAAAUUUAUCGCUGGUUUAUCGAGUGGUGGAGCUUAUGUUGUUGUACCUAUAUACAUUGGAGAAGUAGCAGAAAAGAAAUCACGAGGCAAACUAAUCGCACUUAUCUAUCCGUCCUUUGCAGCAGCUCAUUUCUUUGUUAUUGGCCUUUUAGAACGAUUAGAUGGAUAUGACUUAUCAUCUAUACUUAAUUAUAUCUCUGCAUCACUAGCAAUUACUGCGACAAUUUUAGCGGUAACCCUAGUAGUAGAAAGCCCAUUUUAUUAUUUAAAGAGAAGACGUGAGCUUGCUGCCAAAUCAAGUUUAGUAAAAUUAAGAAAUAAUGCCUCAAAUCAUCAAACGGAGUUUAGUGAAAUUCAAAAUCAAGUUCAUCCUAAUAUGCCCAAUAUUGAAGUAGGAGUGAAAGUUCGUACUUUUGUAAAAUAUAGUUGGCUUAAACCUCUAUUAUUGAUGAUUGGAAUCUUGGGUUUAAUAUCAUUGUCUGGUUUAAGUUCCUCUUAUUUUUUGAUGUCUUAUGUUUCACACUAUGAUGAAUGGGAGUGGAAUCUAAUAACGAUUUUACAUAGUGCUGUCCAUUUAUUGGGAUCUUUUGUGAUACCUUUUAUUAUUGAUAAAUAUGGAAGGAAAUUACCAUUAUUGAUCUCUGUUAUAUUCAUAUCUACCACAUUUAUAUUGAUGUAUAUUCUGGUACUCUUAGUAGGUUAUACCAUCCACAUAUCAUACUUAUUACUUGUAGCAUCAUUAUUAUCAUAUUUAGCAGGAGAUAUUGGAGUUGGUCCAAUACCAUUCGUUUUAUUGGGAGAGCUUUUUCCAUUAAGAAACAAAAUGAUAUGUGCAGGCAUGUCGACCGCUAUUCAUUUCACUUUGACAUUAUUUUUACCAUACGUAAUAUUAUGGAUCAAUUAUUUAGGGCCUGGUGGAUCAUACAUUCAUAUUAUAAUUUCAGUAGUUGUUGCUAUUUCAUUAGUUAUUUUAAUAAAAUAUUUUUGUCCUGAAACCAAAGGCAAAAGUUUGAAUGAAAUUCAAGUAGAGAUAAAUAAGAAUUCAACUCAAAGUAUUAACUUACCAAUUUUAACAGAGUAAAACUUUUUCCACGUUUUAUAAUAUAACCAAGUCAUACAUAUUUAUAAAAAUAUAAAAACGUCGACAUGGAGUUAAAACACAUAACAUUUUAAUCGUUGUAUCUUCAGAAAUAAAAUAUUUUACUAUU